ACAAUAGAGAAUGACUUUGAAAAUCGUUUUGCUGAUUUUUACUGUCAUUGCCGGCAUUACUGAAGGUAUACCUAGGCUUGAAGAUGCUUCUUAUACGGGUACAGGAAGUAAACUUACAUCUAGUUCUGUUAUGGAUGAUCCGAGCGGAAUGGGAAAUAUCGGAUUUUCAAACAUAGGUUUAAGAGGUAACAGAUUUUUAAAUAAGAAAAUGAGACGUAACCGAUUUUCAAAUACAGGACUUUCGAACGUAGGAGUAAUGGGUGCAAGUGGCUAUCCAAUUAUGGCCAUACCGGGUACAAGUGGUUAUCCAAAUAUGGCCAUACCUAGUGCAAGUGCCUAUCCAAAUAUGGCCAUACCGGGUACAAGUGGCUAUCCAAAUAUGGCCAUACCUAGUGCAAGUGGCUAUCCAAAUAUGGCCAUACCGAGUGCAAGUGGCUAUCCAAAUAUGGCCAUACCGAGUGCAAGUGGCUAUCCAAAUAUGGCCAUACCGAGUGCAAGUGGCUAUCCAAAUAUGGCAGUAAUGGGUGCAGAUACAUCUCCAAUGAGAAUGAAUGGUAUGGGAAUGGAAAGUAAAACCAUAGUGCAAGAAAGAACACCCGAAAUGACUAAAACAACAGUAAUUUCUGAAGCUCCAGGUUACGUUCGCCAAGAUACUUAUGUUCAAAUGCAUGGAUAAAUUCGAUUUAUUUUGAAAUAUAUUAUAUAUUAUUUAAAAUUUAUUUGGUGGUAUUGAUAUGAUUACAUUUAAUUU